UAUGGGAAAUAAUGGAAAUAUAUUUAAGGGGAAGUUGUGUCUCUUCCCAAUCCCCUCCUCCCUCCUGUUUGAAACCCACUCUUGUCAACAACCUUUUAGUGGCCGGUUCCAAUAUCACAUAUUGUUGCUUGGUUCUGGAUUUUAAAAAUAUGUUUAUGUGAAAAAAGUGCUACAGAAGUCCAGUUGAUUGUUGUUCAGCCUAUUUCAAAGAUCGAUGUGAAGCUGUGGUUUGACCAAAUUGGGACAAGAAUACUUGCAGUUAACUUGCUUACAAACAUAACGACCAAAUACAUAUUUUUUCUAUCCUUCUAACAGAUCUGCAAAGCAAGAAAUUGGAAAGAAACCAGGGGGAUUUGGAACCUUGAGAUAAGAAGAGUGUCAGGUUCUCUUAAGUAAAGUUUUGUUUUGUCGGGAGUCCAGUUGCCAAGAAAGCAGUCUUCCUCAUUUCCUUUUAUGCCCCUCCUCUUACCAACUUCUCCUCCUUCAUAUUCACUGGAAAAUAAAUCUUCAGCAGUUUUACAGACAUUGCUGCAAGUUCCAGCUCGGCACAACGCUCACAGCAAAUAAAUAAAGCACCGAUGGCCUGAGCUGCAGGGAGUUACAGAUGGUUCGAGUAAUGACAAACACAUGGGCCGCUUUGACCAAGGCAUUUGUAGUUAGACACUGAAGUGUCUUUCUUCCCUUCCCGAUGGUAUUAAACACGCUUGGAGAGCAAGUGGACUGAUAUGGGAGACAGAUUCUGAAGUCACUAAUUCAAGUAGAGCUAGUAACUAAAUCUGGGUAGUCAGCAAGUAACACCCUCCGGUGAUGCCAGGAAUAAUUAAUGGCAAAAUCAAGGUUGUUUAACAAACACUGUAAAGUUCCUUUUCUUUUGGACAUAAUGGAAUCUGGUGACCUUUAUUUUCACUCGGUGUUUGCUGCUUUUCAAAACCCUGGUUUGCUCUGACCUGUUUAAUUAGCAGCAUUAAAGUACUCAGUAGCCUGUUCUUGAUCAGCAGUCAUCCUUUGAGGUUUGCCUUGCCUGCAUGAAACCUUUGGGCACCCAAUUCACUGGAAAUUGCUGCCUUCAACUUCAAGCAAAUAGGCUGUAGGCUAAUGCCAAUAAAAUAGCACUGGCGCCACGCCAUAAAAAGCCUUUGGCUUCAAAAAGGGGCCUCACUGUGAAUGGGCUGGAGCUGCACUUCACAGUAGAGAUAAACCACAACCAGGGACCAGUUGUCUGUACUGGAGCAUUGUUGAAUCAUCUCAAUUCUAGCCAGCUCAAAGCUCAACUGCUGAGGACAAACCCCAAAUCUCCAUUGGACCUGCUUGGUUUAUUUUUACUAACUUGGAAGAAACCAAAUUCUAAGCAGAAUUGGAACCAUUGGAGAGCAUCUGACUAUAAUCUCUACAUGGCUACUUUGAAACUAGCUGGAUUGGAAUAAACUUUAGAAGAGUGCACCAUAAUUCUUGAAGUAAUGCCUCGCCGAAGCCUACUAAUCAAAGUUUGGACAAGGCGCCUGGUUCUCGGCCUCACUCUGUUUUUCAGUCUCAUCUCCCUACUGUACUUGUUGGAAUGCACCCCUCGGCCAGACAAUGAUCCCCUGCUCCUCGGCGUUCCAGGCAAGCAGUAUGGUAAAGAGUACUAUCAAGCUCUCCUUCAGGAGCAGGAAGAGCACUACUUAACUCGUGCCGCUAGCCUCAAGCGGCAGAUCACCCAGCUGAAGCAGGAGCUGCAGGAAAUGAGCGAGAAGCUGAAAAAUGUCCAAGAGAAAAAGGGGCCAUCUCAAACCUUGGGUGGAGCACCGAGCAGCAAGGAGAACUUGCCCAAUGAUCUGCUGGAGUUCCUGCACUCCCAGAUUGAUAAAGCUGAGGUUAGCAUCGGCGCCCGGGUGCCCAGUGAGUAUGCCGUGGUGCCCUUUGAAAGCUUUACUUUGAAUAAAGUUUACCAGCUGGAGAUGGGCCUGACGCGGCACCCUGAGGAGAAAGUGGUGAGGAAGGAUCGAAGGGAUGACUUUGCUGAAGCCAUUGAGGCUGGCUUGGAGGUGCUGAAUAACCCAGAGGAAGAGGAUGCUAAUGCCGAGAUCAAUGAUGACGAUGAGGAAGAUGAUAAUCGAAUGCAGAAGCAUACCUACACUGAGAAUGACUUUGUGGAAGGUUACUAUCGAACAGAAAGGGACAAGGGCACCUUAUAUGAAUUAUUCUACAAAAAGGAAUUUCUAGAUGAAUUUCAACAUGUCACACUCUUCCGGCCAUUUGGUCCACUUAUGAAAGUGAAAAGUGAAGUGAUCGACAUCUCGCAUCAGAUCAUCAAUAUAAUCGUGCCACUAUCUGGCCGCACAGAGGCGUUCGCCCAAUUCAUGCAGAACUUCAGGGAGGUAUGCAUUCAGCAGGACAGACACGUUUAUCUUACAGUUGUCUACUUUGGCCAGGAAGGAUUAGAAGAAGUGAGGAAGAUCCUGGAUCUCACGGCCAGUGAAACUAAUUUCCACAACUACACGCUGGUUUCAUUGGCUGACGAGUUUUCACGUGGCCGAGGUCUAGAUAUGGGAGCCCGGACCUGGGACAAAGGCGAAGUGCUGAUGUUUUUCUGCGAUGUGGAUAUUUAUAUCUCCCCCGAGUUUCUUAAUAGCUGUAGGGUAAAUACAGAGCUUGGCAAGAAGGUUUUCUAUCCGGUCGUGUUCAGCCUGUACAACCCCGUCAUUGUCUAUGCCAGCAUGGAUGGUUCCCCCACUAUUGAGCAACAACUGGUGCAUAAGAAAGAUUCUGGUUUCUGGAGAGAUUUUGGAUUUGGAAUGACUUGUCAAUAUCGCUCAGAUUUCCUCACAAUUGGUGGCUUUGACCUAGAUGUGAAAGGCUGGGGAGGGGAGGACGUCCACCUGUACAGGAGGUACCUCCACAGUGAUUUGAUUGUGGUGAGGACACCGGUUUCCAGCCUCUUCCACCUGUGGCACGAGAAGCACUGCGCCGAUGAGCUGACGCCAGAGCAGUAUCGGAUGUGUAUUCAGUCGAAGGCCAUGAACGAGGCUUCGCAGGCUCACCUGGGAAUGCUAGUGUUCCGCGAGGAGAUCGAAGCACAUCUCCGCAAGCAAGCCUACAGAACGGACAGUGACAUUCCUGACUGACCCUGAUCACCACCAAUCUGUGGUCUUUGGACCAGGACCAAACAUGUUUCAUAAUGGGGCAGCAGAUGACAAAAUAACACACAAACAUAGUGCAGUGCUUGAUAAGUGGCACCAAUUGAGCUGAUAAUUUAAAAAAAAAUAAUUGGGCUCAUUGUCAAUGUAUUGGGUCUGUAUCAGAUACCCAGGUUGGUUAAACAAAUAAGUCACUUCCAAUGUGCACCCUCGACUUAGACAUUUUUCAACUAGACUGUCUCUUUGCAGCAUGCGAGUAUUGGAGUCCCAGAGCAAUAAGCUGCACAUGGUCCAGGAAAGGCAAUGCUUUAGUUGAAUUGACAGGAUAAUGGAGAGCUAUGGAACUAUGCGGGACCACAACUGUACAACCUCCAACCUUCAUAAGGCUGCCUCUUUGUUUCUAGUCACCUGCCAAUUCAAUAGAAGGUCCGGUUAAAGAUCAGUCAGGACCUGGGAACCAUUGAUGAGUGUAACUACGUACCAGUGUGUCUCAUUUUAAUUGAUUCUGGGUCUGAAGACCUGCAUUGAAACCCAACCAAAAUGCACCGCCGGCUGUGACUAAACGCUUGCUGCAUUGUCAAGAGCCAUCCAUUGGAUGGGAUGUUCAACUGAGAAUCCGUCACAUUCAGGCAGAUGUUAGAAGAUCCAUGGAUCAGUUGAGCAGAGGCAUUGUCCCAUUUCUCUGUCCAAUGUCUCACCCUCAACCAAUACCACCAACAAAUCAAUCAAGACAUCUCCAAACAUUGGGACCAAAAAACGGCAAACCAUGCAGAGACAUUGGUACAAUCUUGGUAGAGGGAGAAUACAAAGAAACCUGAAUUAAACUGUGAAUAAAAGCGGAAAUCUUAUGUUUUUUUUGUAGACGCCUUCGAAAUAUUGAAUGUGAAGCACUUUGAGAUGUUUUUUUUAGAUGCAAGGGAUUAUUUGGUAAAUGAUAUUAUCUUGCAUAUUUUCUGCCAUCCUACUAAAGGUUUGGGAUUGUACACCCCAAGACGUGUUGGGUCUGUGUGGCUGUGUCAAGAGAAGUACAGUAAACAAUGUGAAGGAAUCCAGGGUUAAUUAGUCAAAGACAAGUCCUUUGAGGAACACCUCAUAAGCAAUUUGAGCUGAAUAGUAUUGGAAUAUUAAUCCAUUUGUCCAUUUAGGUGGUGAGAGUGUUUGAGGUUAGUGUCUGUUUAAAUGUGGGAAGGUGCAGCAGAAUUCUGUAAGUGGAGAUGAACCCCUUUUAGCAUUAGUUUAGUAUUAUUUCACUUCUUUUGGCUUCCAUUCCAAACCAUCAGGAAAGCCGUUGACAAUAUUACUGGGAGUAUACUCAAACACACAUGCUAAUUCUUCAACAGGAAAUUUGCCAAAAUGAAGCUGAAAACUGCCGACAAAUUUGUCUUUAGAACAGGGUUCACAUCAUAAGGCUUCCGUCCACUUCCCACACCCUGGCCAGUUUCUCUCUUAUUUUCAAUCCGUCUCUCCCUGAUGAAAUCAAAUAUCAGAGAAGAUGGAAAUCUGAAUGAAGGCAGGGAAUUUGUAAGAGCUCAGGCAGUGUCUGUGAAGGAUGAACUAAUGUUUCAGUUUAAUAAAAUGUAAUUAUUUUUUGUACAGAUGUAACUUGUAAUGUUGAAUCCGACCAAUAAUUUUCAAUCUUCGACCCUGCACAUUUAUUGGCCCAUUCUACUGAGCUGUUUCUGACUGUUCUGUAUUUGUUCCACUAGAAGACCGUGCGUCUGAUAUAUAAAGCAGUGGAUAAGGAGCUCAAAUCGAGAGGGGUGUUCCCAUUUUAAUAAUCUCGUGAUUAAUUUCACAGCUAAUAAAUUCCAGGGAGCCAGAUAGGUGCAAUACUCCCAUCUCAGCACCUGAAUUUAGUUUAGUUUUUAAUUCUAGAUAUACAUCACAGGAACAGGUCCUGUUAUAGUCCACCGAGUCUGCACCGAACAUCGAUCCCCGCACACUAACACUCUCCUACACACAAGGGAGAUUUGUUAAAUUUAUACCAAGCCAAUUAACCUACAAAUCUGGAGCGUGGGAGAAAACCGAAGAUCUUGGAGAAACUUACGCGGUCACGGGGAGAACGUACAAACUCCGUACAGACAGCACCUGUAGUCAGGUCGAUCCCGGGUCUCCGGCGCUGUGAGGCAGCAGCUCUACCGCUGCGCCACAAUGCCGCCUAAUUAUGUAAUAAUUAGAUAGUUAUAAAUAGGAUUACCAGAAAUGUAAGUAACUCAUAAAUAAUACAGAGAGUUACUUAAACAAGCUUGCUCAACCAGCACUGACUAAUAUUCGACUGAUGAAUUAAGGCAGAGGCACCUUUUGCAAUAGCGAAUUACUCCAUAAAUUGGAUGUUAUCAAUUAACAUUGUAACUCAGUUUAGAUCCGUCUGGUUGUUUUUGGAGGAUGUUAUUUGGUUUGCCAAUAACAGCAGAUAAUUAGUCAGUAAGGUAGACAAAAGUGCUGGAGAAACUCAGCGGGUGCAGCAGCAUCUAUGGAGCAAAGGAAAUAGGCAACGUUUCGGGCCAAAACCCUUCUUCAGACUGUUGCCAGAGUUAGUUUGUGAUUUUAUCUCUGGGAUGCAGGCAGUUGAUGUCUUCCCUCCCUUUGGUUUGUUGAGGUGGGUGCUGACCUGUUGGGUUGAUGAGCUCCAUGGUCUGCUCCACUUUGCACAUAACUAUCUGAGAUAAACACAAAGUGCUGACGGAACUCAGCGGGUAAGCAGCAUCUGUUGAGGGAAGGAUAGACAACGGUUCGGGUCAAGACCCUUCUUCAGACUGAUUAUCUUUUGGCUUGGGACUCGUCUUCAGAUGGAGUUAGUUCACCCUGAUCUUUGAUAUGUGAUAACCUGUACUGUUAAAUGAUUUGUUUCUCUCUCAUUGCAUUUGCUGAACACUCAAACUUUUAUAACUUCUUGCCCUGUGCCGUCAGGAUUCUUUUCUGUAUUUACAAAAUGAAGGCCAGGACUAAAAAGAAACUUACUGAUUAACAAAGACAAAGAUUACCAGCUGAGAGGUAUACCAGACCAAGAUUAGUAUCCUCUGGUGUUCCUUAGAUUCAAAGAUGUUUAAUUAGCAAUCAGAAUAAGAAACAUGCAACUCUUUCGGUAGUAAUGGCUCCUGUUGGGCUUUGGAAAGUGCCAAAGUUAAUUCAGUGUGGCACCUCAUGCACCAGUAAGAACAUUUCACUUCCCUCACCUUGUUCAUUAACAAUGGGUUUUCAGACAUUUCCCACAAACUACUUCUGAGUUCUGCCUUCUUGGCGUGCUUCAUUUCAUUGGUGAGGAGUGUUUGUUAGUAGAAAGUAGACAAAAGUGCUGGAGAAACCCAGCGGGUGCAGCAGCAUCUAUGGAGUGAAGGAAAUAGGCAACGUUUCGGCCCGAAACGUUGCCUAUUUCCUUCGCUCCAUAGAUGCUGCUGCACCCGCUGAGUUUCUCCAGCAUUUUUGUCUACCUUCAAUUUUCCAGCAUCUGCAGUUCCUUCUUAAACAGGAGUGUUUGUUACACAGUAAAUAGGUCUUAAUUAGUUUUUAGUAACCACUUACUCUGGAGCAAUAUGAUAUUUUUAACCAGAUUAAGUUUUAAAACACCAUCUUAUCGUACAUUGUCCCCCUAUUUAUUUAUAGAAUGAAGGACAAAGUGGGGGAAAGGAUUGAAAUUGCUAGGCCACAGAGGCCACUGAUAUUUGCCGUGCAGAUCAGUGCGCCCCAAGUAGAAAUUUAACGCCCAAUUCUUAGACUCCAGCAGGGACCAGAAUUUCAUGCGAGUGCGUUCAGUAAAAGUGGAACAAAUGGAAAUUAUCAAAUUAAUUUCAGCAGAAAUCUAACCAAGACAGCAAGGAAUUAGAAGGAAUUGUAGUGGUUAGAUAUGUAGCCUUUGUCGCUAGUGUGAAUCAGCUGCCUUGAUCAGCUUCUGAUUUUAUACAAUGUUAAAAGUUUCUGCAGAAAUUAAUUUGAUAAUUUCCAUUUGUUCCGAAAGAGUUCGAUGAUUAAAAUGUUUACAGUGCACCUUUGGUACAUGGUAGAGGCCAAUUAUGUAGACUACAGAGAGCUAACCUGACUUCUGAUAUUGCACAUGAAAGCUGGUAGUUGCUAAAUCGUGCCUUUAUAUAUUUUUCCGUAUAUCUGUUCAGUAUUAAAAUUAUGGAAGUUAUCAUCUCCACCCAACUUGGGAACCUGUUAGUUGACAUUUGUGCUGUUAAUUGAAUUCAUUCCACCAUGUCUUAUUUGCACUUCGAUGAUGUGAAGUGUCACAGAAGCUUUUCAACCAGUCACAUCUAUUGUUUUUGUGGAAUUGCGAAGAGGGAUUUUGAAAUUAAGACUCGUGAAAGAGCUAAAGAAGGGGUGAACUGUUCAUCUGGGAGAAUGAGUUGUUGAAUUCUCUGGGGGAGCGAUUUUGGCACAGAGCAUGACUUCCCCAUCAAUUGAGGACGGAUGGCAGUAUUUUUGUCAGAAGCAAGCUGACAAUCUCUGUGUUCUGACUCCUCAUAUCUGCAUUGACUGGGAGUAUCAAAUAUUUACUCCCAGAUAUUAAGCUCCACAGGCUUCAGCAGUAGGAAACGACUACCGAGAUGACAGAAUAGGGUUGGAGAACUUGUUGAUCUCAUGAUACCGUUGGGUUAAAGUAAAGUCUCUAUACCGUCAGCCUGAGAUAGAAUCGUGUGACUACUCAUUACUUCCCUAGUAGUUUUCUUUGUUACAUCGGGGGUCUUGUUCAAAGCAUUAAGCCACAAAGGUAUACUGUUUAUAUGCAGAGGGUGGUCCAAAUGGUAGUCUCACAUACCGUGUGUCCUUAUUGUUCUCGCCUAUGUUAAAUAGGGCGUUUAUGUUUACCAUCAGGAAUCUGUAUGACCUCUGUCUCAAUAAAUGCUGAAAUACU